UGUUUUAACUUCUUAGCAGCUUCCCUUCCCUUCCCUUCCCUUCUCUCCCCUUGCCAUUAUAUCUUUCUUCCCUUUCUUUGGCUCCUUACAUGGUUUUUGCUUCAUUGUUCAUUUUUGAUUCCGCAGAGGAAUUCUCUUCUCUCUCUGUUUCUUUUUUUUUUUUUUGGUUGGUUGGUGUUGGUGUCUCACUGAACACCCACAAUCAUCAUCAUCAUGAAAAGCAUUUUUCCUCAGUCUCACUCUCAUCAUCAUCAUUGUCAAAACCUUCCUUCCCUUACAUUUAUUACCUUUGAUCUUCACUUGUCAAUUACCAGAAGAAAUCUCACUCCACACUGACCAUGGAACCACCUUCCCUUGCUCCCUUCUUCUUCUUCUUCCUCUUCACGUUCUCCUCUUCCACUUUCCUAGUUUCAGUGCAUUCUGCUUCUCUUCCUCUUGAGCUCAUCUCUCUGCUCUCCCUCAAAUCCUCUCUCAGGGACCCUCUCUCAAGCUUCCGUGACUGGGACCCCACCCCCGUCUUCUCCAAGCCUGAUUUCCAGGAACCCGUUUGGUGCACAUGGUCGGGAAUCGAAUGCGACCCUAAGACCUCCCGCAUCACGUCCCUCGACCUCUCCCUUCGCAACCUCUCCGGCUCCAUCCCGAGAGAGGUCCGGUACCUCUCGAGCUUGCUUCACUUUAACUUGAGCAGGAAUGCCUUCGAAGGGCCCCUUCAGCCUGCACUCUUCGAGCUGACCCAGCUCAGGACUCUCGAUAUAAGCCACAACUCGUUCAACUCGACUUUCCCUCCAGGGAUUUCGAAGCUCAAGUUUCUACGAGUUCUCGACGCUUACAGUAACAGCUUCACCGGUCCCCUGCCCCGGGAAUUCGCCCGCCUCCGGUUCCUAGAGCACCUCAACCUUGGAGGCAGCUACUUCCAGGAUAAUAUCCCACCUGAGUAUGGUUCUUUUCCAAGGAUUAAGUCUCUGUGCCUGCAGGGGAAUCUCUUGGAAGGCCCUAUACCUCCGCAGUUGGGCUUCUUGGCCAAGCUGGAGCAUCUCGAGAUCGGGUACAAUGAGUAUGAGGGCAAUGUCCCGGCCGAACUUUCAUUGCUAUCCAACCUUAACUACAUGGAUAUUGCGAGUGCAAAUCUCUCAGGCCCGCUUCCCCGGGAACUCGGCAACUUAACCAUGUUGGGCACAUUGCUGCUCUUCAAGAACCGGUUCGCAGGCGAGAUUCCAUCCAGUUUUGCACAAUUAAAGGCGUUAAAAAGUCUCGACCUUUCAAACAAUGAACUCUCGAGCUCAAUCCCGGAGGUGGGAUCUUUCAAGGAACUGAAAAUUCUGAGCCUGAUGAACAAUAAUCUCACAGGAGAAAUCCCGGAAUCGCUAGGAGAGCUCCCAAACCUUGACACCCUCAACCUUUGGAACAACUCCCUCACUGGGUUUCUCCCUCAGAAGCUUGGCUCCAACUCAAAAUUGCUAAAGCUGGACGUGUCCUCAAACCUGCUCUCAGGACCAGUCCCACCAAACCUCUGCCUAGGAAAUAACCUGGGGAAGCUGUUGCUCUUCUCAAACAGGUUCGAGAACGAGCUGCCCCAGUCCCUGGCCGCCUGCAAUUCCCUUAGCCGGCUCAGGAUCCAGAAUAACAGGCUCAAUGGGACGAUCCCGCAGGGAUUCGGGAUGUUGCCAAACUUAUCAUAUGUCGAUUUGAGCAACAACGAUUUCGGCGGUCCUAUCCCUGCAGAUCUUGGGAAUGCCAUGGCCUUGCAGUACCUGAACAUAUCAGGGAACUCAUUUGGGAGCAGUCUGCCUUUGAAGAUAUGGAGCAGCCCCAAUCUACAGAUCUUCUCCGCCAGCUCAGCCGAGAUCAAUGGUCCGAUCCCGGACUUCAUUGGGUGCAGAAACGUGUACAGAAUCGAGCUCGCUGGGAACUUGAUCAAUGGGACCAUUCCGUGGGACAUUGGACACUGUGAGAAGCUCCUGACCCUCAACUUGAGCCGCAAUUCGCUCACAGGAAUCAUCCCAUGGGAGAUUUCGGCACUCCCCUCGAUCACCGAUGUGGACCUCUCCCACAACCUGCUCACUGGUACAAUCCCGUCAAAUUUCGACAAUUGCACGACCCUUGAGAGCUUCAAUGUCUCCUUCAACCUGCUCACGGGACCCAUUCCCUCUUCCAGUACUCUUUUCCGGAGCCUCCAUCCAUCAUCAUUCUCUGGUAAUGAGGGCCUCUGUGGAGGCAUCCUAGCAAAGCCAUGUGCAGCCGAUAUCCUGGGGACUGGCCAGGUGGAGGCAGCCCGCCACCCGCAGCCAAGGCGGACCGCCACUGCUGGGGCAAUAGUUUGGAUCACUGCCGCUGCCUUCGGAGUGGGGCUCUUCAUACUCAUUGCAGGCUCGAGGUGCUUCCAUGCUAACUAUGGGCGGAGAUUCAGUGAGCCCCGCGAGGUUGGCCCAUGGAAGUUAACAGCCUUCCAGCGGCUUAACUUCACAGCAGAGGAUGUUUUGGAUUGCUUGUCGAUGAGCAACAAGAUCAUUGGUAUGGGUGCCACGGGAACAGUGUACAGGGCAGAGAUGCCAGGCGGCGAGAUCAUAGCAGUGAAGAAGCUGUGGGGGAAGCAGAAGGACAACAUCAGGACGAGGAGAGGGGGUGUCCUAGCAGAGGUUGAUGUGCUAGGAAAUGUGAGGCACAGGAAUAUUGUGAGACUCCUUGGCUGUGUCAACAACAAGGAGUGCACAAUGUUGCUUUACGAGUACAUGCCGAACGGGAACUUGGAUGAUCUGUUGCACAAUAAGAGCAAGGGGGAGAAGCUGUUGGCCGAUUGGGUCACGAGGUACAAGAUAGCGCUUGGGGUGGCCCAGGGGAUCUGCUAUCUCCACCAUGACUGCAACCCCGUCAUUGUCCACAGAGACCUGAAGCCCAGCAAUAUACUCUUGGAUGCAGAGAUGGAGGCCCGUGUCGCCGACUUUGGGGUCGCCAAGCUAAUUCAGAGCGACGAGUCAAUGUCUGUGAUAGCAGGGUCGUAUGGUUAUAUUGCGCCUGAAUACGCAUACACCCUGCAGGUUGAUGAGAAGAGCGACAUAUACAGCUACGGGGUCGUGCUGAUGGAGCUACUGAGCGGGAAAAGAUCGGUAGACCCAGAGUUUGGGGACGGGAACAGCAUAGUGGACUGGGUGAGGUCCAAGAUCAAGACCAAGGACGGGGCAAUUAAUAUCCUGGACAAGAAUGCAGGAGCAUCCUGCAGCUCGGUCAGGGAGGAGAUGAUGCAGCUGCUAAGGAUCGCUUUGCUCUGCACAAGCAGGAACCCAGCGGACCGACCUUCAAUGAGGGAUGUGGUGCUAAUGCUACAAGAAGCGAGACCCAAGAGGAAGUUACUGGCGGCAAGUUUGUCAAUUAAUGGGAGUGAUAAUGGCGGGGAUAGAAAGCAGGCGCAAGCACAGGCAGUGGACUGUUAAUAUUUGGGUUUAUCAUUAUUAAUAUUUUUUGUCGUCUUUUUUCCUCUUUUUUUUGUUUGAUGUUGAAAUGGGUUGGGGAUUGGUAUAGGAGAAGUGAUUUCUUUCUUUCUUCUCUCUCUCUCUUUUUAUUUUCUAUUUUUUUCCCUUUUAGGAAUUUUCAUAGAUUUUCUUCUUCUGAGCUUGCACUAAUUCUGCUGUUAUAUUUGAGGUACAAACAAUUGCUGCAAAGUUUAUUGGCUUGGGUGUGGU